AAAGCAAGCUUAAAAAUCGUUGGUUUGAAGAGUUAGUUAGCGAAGAAUCGUAAAAAGCGAACAAAUAGACAACGCGAUAUCAAUUUCUCAGCGUAAACGUUUGCGGAUUAUACGAGAAUUGAUUGCGUCUAUUUACUCGACACGCGUGGCAAUGCUUACAUGCUCGAUUUUCUUCUUAGGGAAUAUCGGUUAUUGAUCUGGUAGCCAAUAGACUAUGGAAAAGAGGGGAAAUUUCUCUUUCACGAAGGGGACAAAAAUCGUUUCGUUCAAAGAUCUGGAAAGUCGAAAAAUUGAUAAAUCGAUUAUCGCGCUCUCAUAAGGUCGGUUGCGCAAAUUUGAUGAAAAAUGUAUGAAUCGUGUCGAAGCGAGCCACAUUUGAGGAGCACGGGAUCAAAAUACGUAAUCAUUAUCUGGAGUCGACUUAUCAGUAGCUAUGUAAAACGAACGACCGAUCAUUACUAGGGAAACGCGCGAUUACUGGCCUGCUAGCGUUCCUCGCUCCGAUCAUAGAUGGAAAGCCUUUAUGACACAAAUGAGACACCAGUGUCAGCCGGUGGUAAACAGUCGAUCGGUGAUCAUCGUACUGCUUAGACGUACGUUAAUGGUGCGUGUGUAACCAACGUAACGAGUGUAAGAGUGUAUUGGGCGCGAGUGCGAUCAACCGGACCUCGAUUACACCGUUUGUGUCUGCCAGCGAGUCAGCCUGUCAGCGUGUGCAAUUCACGCCUACACCUACGUCUUUAUUUACUUUGCUAUUCUAACACUUGGCCAUGAGAAUCGUCGUUUUGACCGACCGAUUUCCAACUCUUUAACCGGUCGUCGUUCGAUCGUAAACGUGUUACACCUCUUCUUUGCUCGAAGAUCGGACGUAAGAAUCGGCGGAUAUGAAUUCCAAGUGCGAUCCGUACGACUCGAGACCGUGGAUGCAGCCGGGUAUCGGAGGUGGAGGUGGCGCGGCCCACACAGGUGGGACAGGUGACGACGAAGCUCCGAAAGAUCCCGGUGUUCGGAUCACUCAUCAACCUUUCACCGAGAAAGACUACGAAGGUCACAGAGCGCACACGGUGUAUGUGGGCGUGCAUCUACCAGGCGAAAGGAGACAUCGUCGUCAUCACAAGCACCAUCAUUCUCAACGUCAAACGUACAGUGCCGAUAAGGAUAAUGUCGACAACGAUAGGCCCAGACAAUUGCUGAUGACUCGAAGGAGUCGACUAUCUAGUAUCUGCGAUCCCGACGGCGAGAUGAUACUUACACCCCCAGCCCAGAGGGUGCAAUUUAUCCUGGGCGAAGAAGUUGGCGACGAUGCACACGAAUCCCAUCCUCUCUUCUCCGAGAUGGAGGAGCUCGUCAAGGAUGGUGACGAGAUGGAAUGGAAGGAAACAGCCAGGUGGAUCAAAUUUGAGGAAGAUGUCGAGGAGGGUGGAAAUAGAUGGAGCAAACCACACGUAGCGACUCUCUCGCUACACGCCCUCUUCGAAUUGAGGAGCCUGCUGUUAAAUGGGACCGUGAUGUUGGACAUGGAAGCGAACAGUCUUGAACAGAUUGCUGAUUUGGUUCUCGAUAAUAUGAUCAAUAAAGGCUCGUUGCCGGCCGAGUCGAGAGAAAAGGUCAGGGAAGCUCUUCUGGUGAGGCAUCGGCAUCAACACGAGAGACGUAAAGAUAACAACAUGUCUAGGCUACCUAUUAUCAGAUCAUUGGCCGAAAUAGGUCGAAAUCAUUCCUCUUCGAAGAAUUACGACUGUACGUGUGGUUUGCAUGCGUUGUUGACGUCAGAUUUACAGGAGCGUCGCGGUAGGGACGCCUACGCGCCCUCCGUCGCUCGCAGCAGCAGUUGUCCAAAUCCAAACACAGCUCUACUUUCGAAAGAAACGAAAGAUUUGAAAGGACCGUAUCUUCUGGUUCCAGACGAAUUCGGCAUUCCCCACGUGGUCGGAUUCACAACAUGGUUCGCGAUGUGUCAACUAAAAGUGGAGGAAUCGAAUUCCGCUCCGGCGAUCGCCGGCGCAACAAGUCACGGCAGUGGGCCAGCGUUGAAUGCGGGUAGCCGUUUCCUUGCUAUACCUGGCCAAGAACCAGGCCCUAACGGAAUGGAUCGAAGUCCGAGUAGCGUGUCAAUUAGCCGAAAUCACAGUUCGUCCGCCUUAGAAAAUGGAGAUGCGAAUCACAAGGGUAAUACGCAUUUUAUGCGGAAGAUACCAGCGGGAGCCGAGGCGAGCAAUAUUCUCGUAGGAGAGGUCGAUUUUUUAGAUAAAACUCUAUCGGCUUUUAUUCGAUUGAGCCAAGCUGGAAUAAUGGGUGAUUUGACGGAAGUUCCUGUGCCAACGAGAUUUAUAUUUGUUCUGCUUGGACCAACGGGAGGGCUCACAGGUUUCCACGAGAUUGGUCGUGCAAUGGCUACUUUGAUGUCUGACGAGGUCUUCCACGAUGUGGCUUACAAGGCGAAGAACAGAAAUCAUCUUCUCGCCGGAAUUGACGAGUUCUUGGACGCGGUCACGGUUCUACCACCAGGAGAAUGGGAUCCUGCAAUCAGAAUAGAACCGCCUGCUGCCAUUCCUUCGCAGGAUGUAAGAAAACGACCAAAAGAAGAAAAACCGAAAGAAGAACUGGACGAAGAAGCUGAUGAACAAAAAUUGAGGGAAGAAUCCGGACUCUCGAGGUCUGGUAAACUUUUCGGUGGUUUGAUAAACGAUAUCAAGAGGAAAGCGCCGUUUUACUUCUCCGAUUUCAAAGACGCGUUGGCUCUUCAAUGCGUAGCCUCUUUUAUCUUCCUAUACUUUGCCUGUCUCUCGCCUAUAAUCACAUUUGGUGGUUUAUUGGGCGAGGCUACGGGAAAAAAUAUGGCCGCCAUGGAGUCGUUAGUUUCUGGUUUCGUUUGCGGUAUCGGAUAUGGAUUUUUUUCUGGACAACCUUUAACCAUCCUCGGCUCAACCGGUCCCGUUUUAGUCUUCGAGACGAUAGUCUAUGAAUUCUGCAAGAAAUCGGAUUGGAACUACAUGUCGUUCCGUUUUUGGAUCGGCUCAUGGAUAACCUUAAUUUUGGUAAUUCUCGUAGCGAUCGACGCUAGUGCUUUCGUGUGCUACAUCACACGUUUCACAGAGGAAAACUUCGCCACUCUGAUCGCGUUUAUCUUCAUCUACAAAGCCAUUGAAAACGUAUUGUCCAUCGGCAAGAAAUAUCCUAUUAAUACCCAUGCAAACGAUCCGUUCGAUUACGAGUGUUGGUGUAGGCCACCGAAUGGCAGUCUACCGUCUAGCUACGACAACGUUAAUUGGACGGCGCUCGAUCAAAAAACGUGCCAGAAUUACAACGGUACGCUAGUGGGCGAUGGUUGCAACUUACCGCACUAUAUACCUGAUGUGUUCCUCAUGUCAAUUAUACUAUUCAUGGGCACAUUUCUGUUAUCCGUUGAGCUCAAAGACUUCAAGAACGCUCUCUUCUUUCCAUCGAAGGUCAGACAAGUCGUUAGUGAUUUCGCGGUGAUAAUAGCAAUUUUUUCGAUGAGUACUCUCGAUCAUUUCGCGAAUAUUCCGACGCCGAAACUCGAGGUACCAACGGAAUUCAAGCCAACGUUGGCAGAUCGAGGAUGGAUAAUCUGGCCUUUUCAAAGUAAUCCAUGGUGGAGCGCUAUUGUUGCAAGUCUGCCAGCUCUGUUAGGUACUAUAUUGAUUUUUAUGGAUCAACAAAUCACAGCCGUGAUAGUAAAUAGGAAAGAGAAUAAAUUAAAGAAAGGAUGUGGCUAUCAUUUGGAUCUAUUCGUUCUCGCGAUUCUGAUAGAAAUUUGCUCGGUAAUGGGAUUACCCUGGUUCGUAGCGGCAACGGUGCUUUCGAUUAAUCAUGUGAACUCGUUGAAACUGGAAUCGGAAUGCGCCGCACCAGGAGAAAAACCACGAUUCCUUGGUGUUCGCGAGCAACGAGUAACGCAUAUUUUAAUCUUUUUGAUGAUCGGUUGUUCGGUCUUACUCACACCAAUGUUGAGACACAUACCUAUGCCGGUAUUAUUUGGCGUUUUUCUUUAUAUGGGAGUCGCUUCAUUGAAAGGACUUCAAUUUUUCGACAGAAUUUUAAUUAUGUUGAUGCCGGUUAAAUACCAACCCGAUUAUAUGUUCCUUCGACAGGUACCAUUGAAACGCGUACAUCUAUUUACAACGAUACAAUUGACUUGUUUAGCCUGUUUGUGGAUCAUCAAAUCCUUCAGCAGUACUUCCAUUCUUUUCCCUUUGAUGCUGAUGGUGAUGAUUGGAAUACGCAAGUCCUUAGAUUUGAUGUUCACGCAACGGGAGUUGAAGAUCCUGGACGAUAUAAUGCCGGAACCAAGCAAAAAACAUGCCGAAGAUCUUCGUCAAUUGGAGAGCGGCGAGGAACAAAACGAAUCCAUCGGAUAUGGUCCAUCAGGUAAUAUACAAAUCUCAUUGGCGAAUGGCAACAUUAUGAAAAUUCCAAUGGCGAGCAUCAAUAUCAGCGAAGAAGUGAAUAAGACAGGGAUUUGGCAACAAGUAAAUGAAGGCAACGAGAAAAUGAAACAAGUCAAAUUGAUCAACGCGGGAAAGCAAAAAAAGCACUCGAAGAAAGAUAACUUGUUGAUGGCCGACGAGACUACGAGGCUGACUACGAUGACCGAAGAGGAUGAAGAUGACAGUGGGAUCUCUAUCAAGGUGACAAACGUAGACUUGAUACGAUCGAAGGAAAGCAUCAGCCCGUUAACGAUUAACGGCACUACUUCGGCCGAGACUUCUGUUUAACGAAAACAACGCUACACUGGGAACGAUUCGCGAGAUCGUUUUUAAUCGUUAAAAUAUCCCGAAGAUUCCAUUACGAAUUAAUAGAUACAAUAUGUUUUAAUUUUUAUCGUACGCGUUAUUGCCAGCCAAGAUACAAACACAAUUAUGGUGAAUCGUUGAAAGAAAAUUAUUACGAGAACAAUAACCAAGUUGAAGCAUAUGGAACACUUUGAUACUAUAUGAAAGUUUAAACAGCGAUAAAAAUAAGUGAAAAAUAAUUUUUUUUUUGUUUUUACAGAGAAUAAAAUCGCAUGCGAGACUAUCUUAUCUCAUUGCAUUUGUAAUUUGAUCGAGUGCAAUUAAUGAGUGCCACUGACAUAUAUCUAGAUUGUAACUAACAUGAACGUAUUUUAUUCAUAUAAAAAAAAGAAAAAAGAAAAAAAAAAGAA